AUGAGCAGUGCCGCGCCCUCGCCUUCAGAUGGCUUCAAGACACCGGCCUCGCAGUCGCCAGCGGGCCUGAUAUGCCCAGAUCUCGAUACAAGCAGCAGUCCGCCGCCAGAACCGCUCCUCGUCGCGCCGCCGACCAUCCCUGGCAUCCCCGUAGCAUACCCAUCCAUAUCAGCAGCCACGGUCGGAGGGGCAUCACGCGAUCCAGCCGGCCAGGCGAGAGGCAGAGCGUUGAGUACCAGCAUUCGCAAUGCAUCGCCGCGAGCAAUCACCCCCGUCCAAGCUCGAGCUCCAUCCCGGUCGAACAAGCAGAGCGUCGAUAUCGAACGGAAGCCCUCCGUGUCCUACAGCCACCACCGGCAGGCUUCGAUCGUGCAUGGCGUGCAGCACUCGCGCAACCCGAGCCUGCUGGCCUCAACCAACAGCAGUCCACUGAGUCCAGGCAAGAUCAUGGCUAGCCAUUCGCCCGACGCAGCAGCAUACACCACCGCAAGUUUGAAGAAGAGCCCGUCUCUGGGGAAUCUACACAGCAACGGACACGUGCCGAAUGCGGCGGCCAUACCAAUCAACAGGAGCUUUGAGAAUGGCAUUGGCAUUGGCAUGGCCUCUGGGCAGCGAGGGCCGGCGAGGAUGCACAGUGGUCGAGUGAAGCGGAGUCACGAGCACAAUCGGUCGCAGUCGAGAGCACAAGCGCAGAGUACGGAAUUGAAGACAGUGGGCGAAUAUGCGUUGCAUCAUCUGUUUACAUCCUUCAUUGCUGAAGCGGACGAUCGCAUUGAGAGAUGCAUGGCGAGGCCGGGCGAAGCGGAGCCGCGCAUUGAGAGCAUUUGUGGACCAGGUGCGGAUCCGACGUUCGACCAGCUGAUAACCUCGCUCGGACAUAUCAAUCGACACAAGCCGAAUAGUCUGAUCGACUCCGUCAUUCAUUGGCGCAAAAAGAAGGCAGAUGCUGCGAACCAGAUGUACAACGAGCUGCGAGCAUUGCGUGAAGCAGCUGGUCUUACGCAAAGGGGACCGGCGAACGGUCACACUCCAUACUCGGCGUCCACAGCAUCAUCAUCACCGAACGGGAACGAUAUCUCGUUGAUGGAGCAUCAGGUAGCCCUGGCGGAUCGCCGGUCGACGGUGUCGAUCUACAUCCUGUGCCGAGUGCUUAUAGAGAUUAUUGGACAGACCACAUUGAAGGCACUGAACGGACCGGACAACACAUUAAAUACAGCUGGCCGCCUUGAAGAUGUAAUCUAUGGCCAGCUGCAAAGCGCAGAUCCGGAGCUUCUGGCUCGAGAACCAGUGAUCAAGGCCAAUUGGGUUAUCCGAGGCCAGCUCCUCGGUGUCAUGAGCGGCGUCAGAUUCGAAGAAGUCGUGGAGCGUUUCAUCAAGGACCUUGAAUCAGCACAGAAACGCCUUGCAGUGAAGGGCAUUGCAGACCAACGGCUGGCUGCCAAGACUGCGCUCCUGGUACAGAGCAUGCGAUGGCUGCACGUUCGCUCCGUACCAGAAGAGGCAUGGCACAGGUCAUGCGAGAUGCUGCAGCUUCUUGCCAAGUUCUUCGCCGAAGUUCAUGGGCGGACCAUGAAGCAUGCUUAUGCCGAGCUGUUCGAGCACCUGCUACUGCCUAUUGCUGCGACAGCGACGAGUGAACUCACUGUUCCAAAGUGGCGGGAUGUGGUCUCUGUACUUCAGCCCAAGAUCACACAGAUGCUGUCGAAGGCCGACCACUGGCCAUACGUCUAUCCGCUGCAGGCGGUACUGCUUUGCGCGUCACCUCCGGAAGCUUUUGCGACCCAAUGGCUACCCCUGGUGACAUCUUUCCAGCCAAAGGCUAGAGACCGAGUUGGUCGGUCACAUGCCCUGAAAGCAAUAUGUCGAUUGGUAUGGCGCUACCUUUACCGAUUCAGUGAAAGUCAGAAUUCGAUCAACCGGAAGCUUGAUGAGAUCGUGAAGCUCGUCUUUCAGGGCGGCAAGCGAGUUCUGAUCUCGACAGAUCCAAUGAUUGCGGAUCCUCUCAUUCAGCUUAUUCGUAUCAUCGGUUACAAACAUCAGGAUUUCUGUUUCCGCAACAUCAUCUUCCCACUGAUGAAUGCGGAGCUGUUCUCUGGCCCGGAGAAGGAUCUCAAGAUUGAGAAUCUGGAUCCAGAGAAGACUGUUAUUGCUAUCCGCGCGUUCCUUGUCAUCAUGAGUGAUCUGGAGAAGAAUGAGCCACCAGCCUUCCCGGCACGAUUCGAGUGCGAUACAUUCAUAGACCCUUACUCACGAUUGCCCAUCACCCAUCGCCGAACACGAUCUCAAGGAUUCGCUCUCUCUGCUGGCAGAACAGAGCGCCUUUCACGCCCCGUAAUGACCACGAACCUUAACGAUGUUGCGAAGGAGUAUUACAUCAAAUUUUGCAAGAUGCUUGGCCAGUUGACGAUGAUAUGCGACAACACUUUUGGUGGACAAGCAGUUCUGGACGAGAAAUUCUCGUCACAUACGCCGAAGACGCCUAUGGCUGAGGCCUUCACGUUCAACAAGAGGGACGAACUAAUGAACCCUACUGAUUUACGGCAACACUAUUACGACCUACUGCACGUGGCGGUAGAGGCUCUACCCAGAUGCCUUUCACCACAUUUACCGAUCAACGCGCUGGUCAACCUACUGUGUACUGGAACAGCCCACGUCCAGUCUCAUAUCGCUACGUCUUCGGCCCAGUCUCUCAAGUCAAUAGCGAGACAAUCCCACGCACAGCAGGUGACGAUCGGCUUCGCCCGGUUCAUCUUCAACUUCGAUGACAGAUACUCCACCGUGUCUGAUGGCAGUCUGUUGGGACCCGGGCACAUCGAGAACACCUUGAAGCUCUAUGUGGAACUGCUCCAAAUAUGGAUCGAUGAUAUUCAGCAGCGUACCAAGAAAGCUGUGGUGGACCCUCUCGAUGAAGACGAGCCAGGUGGCCGACGCUUGCCACUCGAUCUUUCAGGCAUACUCGCGCACGUUGAUGAAGUCGAGUCACACGGCUUAUUCUUCUUGUGCUCGCCUUCACGGGCUGUACGUGCAGUCGCCGUGAAUGUGCUGAGACUAAUCACCAAAUUUGACACUGCGCUUGGCAAGCCCAGCAACCGUAUCAUCAGCAUUCUGGAAGGCAGCUCGCAACAAGUCAUUGACGUGAACGAUGAACGGCUCUCGUUGGCAGAGCGCAGUCGUCUCCAGAAGGGUCUCAGGAAAAGUAAUGUCAAUAGCACCCUUGUGGAAUUGUGCAGCAGCGACAUUGCACACGACGCCAACUUGUGGUUCAAAGUGUUCCCGAAUCUGGUGAGACUGAGCUCCGAGAUAUGUCUACAUGCUGUUGCAUUGACACGGGAGCUCGUAUGUCAGCGACUGUCUCAUAGUCAUCGGAUGAUCGGCGCACUGGGCGAAGGCACAAAGCAGACCACAAACGCGCUGGAACAAGCGUUCACGAACAACAACAAACCGCCAACGCGUCUCAACAGCACAUCGCCAGAGAUCAUCAUUGAGCAGUGGAAGAUACAUCUCAUCUUCGCAUGCACGACUUUGACCAACAUUGGAGGGAGUGCGACUCAUCUUCCAGUGUCAAGUAACAACUCCACUCACACGCGCAAGAGCUCGAAGACAUCCGUCUCUAGCCAAGAGAAAAUAGCAUCUGCCUCGGAGCUUUUCAACAAGGUUGUGCCGGUACUGUCGGUCUCCAAUGCAUCUGUACGUGCGGCUGCGGUCGCUGGUCUAGGAGCAACCAACGCCACCCUCUUCCAGGCACUCCUCGAGACACUGCAGCCUUACGUUCAGGCUUGUAAUGUAGACGCCAAGGAGCGAUUGACCGCACAUCAGCGCACCGGAAGCAACCCACGCCGCAAUCGCCGUACUGACUUUUUACGCACGGAGAUCACGCACCUGCUGAGUCUCACUAGCCACCUGCUCCAGGACGAUAAGAUCGCUGGCGACUCCUAUGUCAUGACAUAUCUCAAUGACUAUACAAAGCAGCUGCGUAUAUUCCUCAGUGACAGCGAGAUCCAAGGCGAGCUAGAGUAUCAGAGGCUGCGUAUGCACUUCUGCAAUCUGGUCGAUGGCUUCUACGACUGCAUUCGCAAGCUCAAGGAUGGCACACAAUGGCUAUCAUUCCAGUCUAGACAAGCCACAUUCGCACUCAUGGAAAAUUGGUGUGGCUUUUCGCCAAACGAGCAACACAUCCGCCGACAGCAGGAGCACAUACGAAGGUCUGUACUCGAGCGUGAGGGUGAUAUCCGCAACCGUGGGAUCAUCAACUCUGCAAUCGAGAAGGAGAAAAUUGAGCUUCAGUUCGCUGCACUUGGCGCCAUGGCUACUCUGUGCGCUGGACCGUUACGCUUCAUCGCGGACAACAGAGUGCUGAUGCAAUUCGACGUUCGGCGAAUGUUAGCUUGGAUCAGUACGAUCUUCGAGGCUCCGAGUGACCGCACACACACCAUUGGGCGCAAAGCUCUACAGAACUUGAUCGUCCAUAACGUGGAUCAGCCGUAUCUGAUGGCCCAGACAAUGCGAAUGUGCUACAUCGCCCGUAUGCCGAAAGCCCUUGCAAGCUAUUUUGAGGUGGUCACAAAGGUCUUGACGGAUAAUGCCAACGUCAACACACCCUUCUGGAAGACGCUGUGUGCUGGCCUGUACACACUUGGUAAUGAGGAUACCGACAUUCGUAUGAAAUCCUGCCGCUUACUGCGAACGCUCGAAGAACGGCAAGGCAAGACUUCGAAGCUGCAAGAUUUGGACAUCAGUGUCUCAGACAAGACGACCGCUGUGUACAAGCUUGCACAGUUUGAGAUCUCACGAAGACUGGCGAGUCAGCAUCCAGAGCUAGCUUUUCAUGUGUUCUCAGAGUUCUCGGCGUACUUCAACGAGCUACAGCCAGAUCAUCAGCGGAACAUGGUGUCUGGAAUGUUGCCCUGGAUCCAGGCCACUGAGCUGCAGCUAGAUCCGAAUGGUGGUCCGACGGCAAGUUCGUACAUGCUGUUGGUCAACCUAUUUGAGAUCACAGUCAGAAGUCCAACAACUCUGCACAAUGAGAUCCAAGCACUUUGGCAAGCUCUUGCUACUGGACCCUACGGCGGCAAUGUACAGCUGGUGCUUGACUUCAUCAUCACGAUCUGCCUGGAGAAGAAAGAACAGAAUUUUGUGAUCUUCGCGAAGCAGAUAGUGGUCUUCCUCUCGAAGACGCCAGCCGGCGCUAGAGUGGUCGAGUACUUGCUCAUGCACAUCUGCCCGAAGACCAUGGUCGCUGAGCGUCGGCCGCCUGCUCCUGCUCCUGUCGACACCGUCGGCCUCUCAUACAUCGCAGAUCUUGCUAAUGUGCUACCUAGCGGUGCAAAGCAGAAUGGCUUGUCCCUAGGACAGCUGAGCAUGAUUUUGCUUGUAGACUUGGUGGUCUCGCCGUUCCAGCUCCCUGCCGAUAAAGUACCUGUACUCCUGCAGGUCAUACUUGUGCAGUGGGAUCAGUACGUCAGUGUUGUCCAAGAGCAAGCGCGAGAAAUGCUGGUUCACCUGAUACAUGAGCUUGUCAUCUCCAAGAUAGACCCCGGCUGCACGGAACCUGACAAAAAGUCGAUCGAGGACUUCAUAGAGUCAGUGCGCCGCCACGACCCGAAAAUUGCAUGGGGAUACGCGGAUAGCCAAGUUCGUCCCGGUGAAGAAGACAGCCGCGCUGUUUCUGAGCCUAUGGCUUACAUUGUGGAUGAGGUCGUGCGCAUCUUUUCUGUCACUUAUCCCGACAUAAAAGAAGAAUGGGGCAAGGUCACGAUGGAGUGGGCCACUUCAUGCGCCGUUAGACACGUCGCAUGUCGUAGCUUCCAGGUUUUCCGAUGUGUCUCGACGACCCUCAACACCAAAAUGCUCGCAGACAUGCUGGCAAGACUCUCUAACACCGUUGCUGACGACGAGAACCACGACUACCUGAUCUUCUCGCUCGAGAUUCUGACAACAUUACGGAGCAUUAUUGGUGCCCUGGAGCCGUUGGAUCUGCUCGCAUACCCUCAGCUGUUUUGGACAACAUGUGCCUGUCUCGAAACGAUCUUCGAGCGAGAGUUUCAAGAAGGACUUAGCAUGCUGAACCUUCUUUUGACGAAGAUGGACCUUAGCGACCCGGCCGUUCUCAAGAUUGUCAGAGAUGCACAGCCAGCCAAGUGGGAGGGCGGCUUCCACGGAGUCACUACCUUGAUAUACAAGGGCGUCAGAUCAAGCAAGUCAAUGGAUCGAUCUUUGUCGAUACUAGAGAGGCUUGUCAAGCUACCUUCCAGCGAUCUGGUGGGCAGUGACGACCGGCUUCUGUUCACGGUGCUUGCCAACCUACCGAAAUACCUUCACUACUUCGACGACGACGGCGAUGUGAACUGCUUAGACUCGGCAGAAACACUAUCGUUUGCAGCUGAAAGUCAGGGCUUCGUGGCGCUCGCGCGAGUGCUCCAAGGUCUCAAACAGGGCAGACAUCGAUCAGUGAAGGACUUCCUGUCGCUUUGCAUGACCGCCGCCCGUACCACCUUCUUCCCGGCAUUGGAGUUCCCGAGCCUGGUCUUCUUGCUUGGCAUGGUCAACAACGAGUUGCCGUGGUUCAAAGUAAAGACGAUGCAGAUUCUGUGUGUCAUGAUACCUGACAUUGACAUGCGGAAGGCAGAGAUUGCGAGCCAAGGUCCGGAUCUGAUCUCGCCUCUGUUACGACUACUGCAGACCAAGCAUUGCCAACAAGCCUUGGAGGUGCUUGACAAUGUGAUUGACAUGACCGGCACGCCACUGGACAACAAGCAUCUGCGAAUGAGCAUGGCAGGCUCGCACUCCAGCCGCGCUACUCGCAAGGAGUAUGAUACGACGAAGAGCUUGUACGGCAUUCCGGAAGAGUCUGGAUGGUCGAUCCCAAUGCCUGCUCUCCACUCCGCGCAGACGAGAUCAAAUGUGCACGCAGUCUACUACACGCUUGCAUACGCUGGCAUCAAUGGCGCGCAGGAGACGACAACGAGGACGCCGGAGAUCGAGUUCCACAAGGACGACUACCAGGACUCAUACUUCACCGAGCGCACUGCCACAAUGCUAUCUGACGACACCAGAGUCGCGGAUGCCAGCAUUGGCGAGCUAGCAGAGAAGCUGGACACUCUCGACGACUUCUUCGAUGACCCGGCCGAGUCGCCUCCAGCGAUGACCAAUGGCGGCGGCACACCUCGCUAUCCAUCAAACGUCGACGAACGGGAGAAUCUGUACGAUCAGCAAGCCUUGCCCAUUCUCCAUCGCUCGCUCAAGCGAAACGCAAGCAUAACAUCGUUUCAGACCGGGUUCGCGGAACGCGGUUAUCAGCCACAACAGCAAACGAUGAACCCGGGUGCGUUUGCUCAGUCCGCUGGACCGCCACCGACACGUCCAGGCAUGCACAACAGAUCCAUUACAUCCCCUGCCCCGUCUCUGCGUCACCCCUCACGCCUACACAACGACAUCAUGUCCGGUGACGAAGCCGGAGAUGAAGACGCACCGUUCUCUGACGGAGACGACGAAGGCACACUCAGCAGGUCGCAGACGAACGAGAGCUCUACUCUCCCGGCGGCCUACACCGUCAAGCCCAGUGGUGGCUUCAAGGCGCUGAAGACUGGACUGAGGAGGCUCACAAGCAGUAGUGGGAAUAAAGAGGCGAGGGAUGCGUUGAGAGCGCAGGCUGCGAACAGUAAGAGUCCCAAGGUGCCGAAGAUGCCGGUGGGAUACAUGAAGGAGGUUGGACCGUUUAGUGCUGAGCCUUAG